UAAUUGAGGUUCCGCAGCAACCUUAUCUGGAUGUUCAGUAAUUUGACCCGAAGUCUUUAGAUCGGAACCAAAGGAUUGACCUGAGACACCUGGGACGAAAGACCAUGUGGAACUAAGAACCGUCCAAGUGCCUCAGUGGUUAAAUUUUUAUUUUCAAAAUUUUUUUUCUUGUUAAUCUCCGUGUGCCAGUGACCGAUUCACUUUGAGAAGCAAUUCUGGUCAUGGAAGUUCAAAAGGAAGCUCUGCGUCGCAUCAUCAGUACAUUAGCCAAUAAGAAUGAUGAGCUUCAAAACUUCCUGGAAACUGUCAACAACACAAUGAUUGGACUGCAGGAGGAGUCACAGAAAAUGAUGUCAGAGCUACAGUUGGAGCUUCAGCAGCUGACCUCAACUCUUGAGGACAGAGGGGCGGAGCUUCAUGAUGCAAUUAAAGAAGAGAAACAGCGAAAGGAGAUGGAGCUUCAGAAGCAGUUGUCAGAUGGACAGCUUGCUCUGCUGUCAUCUGAAGAAUUGCUGGAAUUUGCAACCCAAACCCUGAUGAUCACCAAUGAAGAAGAAUUUCUCAUGGCUGCCAAAGAAAUCAAAGAAAGGGUAACCAUGGCCCCGGCAUUCCGGUUGACAAUGCGACCAGCAGUGACGGAGAGCAUGUCACAUUUUACAGUGAACUUCGAUAUGGAAAAGGCGUGGCUUCGCCAACUUCACUUCCUGCCAGUGCCCAAAGCUCCAGAGAUUGAUGCCUCAAGCUGCACCGUCCGUGAUAACACCAUCACUGUUGCCUGGAGAUCUCCUAGCAACAGUGUUGCUGAUGAUGAUGGCAGAGCUGCAGGAAUCGAACAUUAUGAGCUGGAGUUCCAUAAAACGAACUGUGACAGAAUGCUGCAGGCAGUGAGAGAGGCAUGCUGGGAAAAAAUAGAAGAUAUCCAUACAACUGAGUUCACCAUCAAAGGUCUGAAGUUCAACUCCUGUUUCGUUGUUAUUCGUGUGCGAGCGAGAAACAAGGCGGCUGCUGGAGAGUUCUCAGAGCCCAUUGCUGUGGAAACCAGAGCAUUUAACUUUGGAUUUGAUGCAAUGACGGCACAUCCUGAACUGAAGGUGCAUGGCGACACGGUGACCUGGGAACCACAGGGGGUCAAAGGUCAUGAUGCCCGACUGAAAAACAAGGAGAAUAAAGGCAGCAGAAGUGCAACACCUUCACCCAAUAAGAUGGCAACUAAUCGACAGGGACGUGAUCGAUUUGCAGGGGAUUCCUACACCGUACUCGGUGACCAAGAGAUGAGCGCUGGCUGUCAUUACUGGGAGAUGUGUCCCAUGGCUGACUGGAAGUCGUUCAGUGUGGGCGUGGCCUACAGGGCCAGUUUGGGCCGCUUUGACCAGUUAGGGAAGCACGCUGGUUCGUGGUGUCUGUAUGCCAGCCAAUGGCUGCAGAGCUCUCUUGCUGCAAAGCACAACAACAGAGCCAAGGCACUGGAUUUACCCCUUCCUCAGCGAAUUGGAAUCUACUGCGACUACGACAACGGAGAUUUGCUGUUUAUUGAUGUGGAUCAUCUUCGUCUUCUUCACUGCUUCAAAACAAAGUUCAGCCAGCCACUCAUCCCUGCUUUCACUGUUUGGUGUGGCUCUAUCUGCAUAUCAACGGGUCUGCAGGUGCCAAGCUUCAUGGGAACUUUUCUCUCCACCAAUCGGAGCAUCAGCAAUUUGUCACAGUAGCACGUUCACAUCCUGCUGUCUGAUUGGCUGAGAAGAACUGACUUCCUCCAUUUGAUUGAAUUUUAAAUCAAGCUAAUUUUCACAUUUUGCAUGUACUAACAUGAAUUCACCUUUUAAUAUAAUGAUGGAAAUUGAAAUGGUGUGAUUUUAUUCUGAAGGUUAUUUUAGAAGCACUGUUGUAAAGUGAUUUAUUUUUAAAUGAUUUUAUGUCUCUUUUGAAUAGCAGACUUAAUUUGAAAGGUGUAAGGUCUGUUUUCCAAGCACAUUAUAAGAAUUUUGUUAAUUUUGGGUUGCAGCAUUUUAAUUUUGAGAUCUUGUGUCAUGUCCUGCCAAUGUUUUUUUUUUUUUUUUGGGCAGGGGGGACAAAUUGUGAUUAUUUAUGUUAAUCUAAAUGUUUUCUUUGCACUUUACUUUGAUGGGGGGUGGGAUGGUGCUAUUCUACAUACGUCCCUCAAAAGAUCCAACGUAUUGGGGAAUCCAAUCCAGGAUCUGUUACUCUUGAUUGCACCCGACUGAAGCUUUGAUUAAACAAAUUGGAGCCUAU